AGUCCACAGCCGUGGGGGUUUCCUCCUCGGAGGGGGAGGAGUUCAGUUUAUCCAGCAGCAGAUGGGACGUGACACUAAUGUCGCCGGCUAUGGGACCAGCACAAUGAGCAGCACCGCACUCGGGCUGGUGUGUGAUGUCUUAUGCGCGUCUUGGGCUCGGAACACAACUCGUAUGUCCGGUCCUUUUGGGUUAUUAGACUGAGACAGACCUUUCUGGAAAUUUCCCUUGCCUUCUGAGCGCCGAAGAUGGUCGUCCGCUUUCUCCGGACAUGCGGGGCUUUAACGCUCAUCCUCCCCACGCUCCUGCUGUCAUCCGCAGCCCCGCUCCAGCCCUACGACCUGCUCUACAGCAGCGCAGUGGAGGCGUUUCAGCGGGGGGAUUAUGUGAACGUGGUGCGGUACAUGGAGAAAGCGCUGGAGAACUUCGCCCAAGUGCGCCAGAGCAAAAUCCAGUGUGGACUCAAGUGCAGGGAUCAACACAAGCUCAACACGACUGCGACUGCGACUGAGACUUUGACUGCGACUGGGACUGAGACUUUGACUGCGACUGGGACUGAGACUGAGACUGGGACUGCGACUGGGACUGGGACUGAGACUUUGACUGCGACUGAGACUUUGACUGCGACUGAGACUUUGACUGCGACUGCGACUGAGACUUUGACUGCGACUGGGACUGAGACUGGGACUGCGACUGAGACUUUGACUGCGACUGGGACUGAGACUUUGACUGCGACUGGGACUGAGACUGAGACUGGGACUGCGACUGCGACUGGGACUGGGACUGAGACUUUGACUGCGACUGAGACUUUGACUGCGACUGAGACUUUGACUGCGACUGGGACUGAGACUGGGACUGCGACUGAGACUUUGACUGCGACUGGGACUGAGACUUUGACUGCGACUGCGACUGGGACUGAGACUUUGACUGCGACUGAGACUUUGACUGGGACUGGGACUGGGACUGACCUCCAGCUGUUUGAUUCGAUUUUGCGAAGAGCCGCUUGUCUCAACGACUGCUUGGAAAUCAAACUCGGACAUCUUUCUAUGCAUAAAGUGAGCGCUGAUGUUGACCAAGACUUCCACCGGAGAAUCCCAUACCACUACCUGCAGCUCGCAUACCUCAAGCUUAAGCAGCUGGACAAAGCAGCAGCUGCUGCUCACACAUAUUUCCAGGCAAAUCCUGAGCACAUAGAGAUAAACUUGGAGGCAUUGCACGGCAUGGAAGCGAAACACUUCAUUGACCGAGAAGCCCGUCCACAUCAGGCAACCUUCACUGCUGCAGUGCAACUGUACGAUAAUGGCAACUAUGAAGCAUCCUUGGCUCUCUUCGAGGAGGCUUUGACUGAGUACUACAAAGCAGACACAGAGUGUCGAGUACUAUGCGAGGGGCCGCAGAGCUUCAGGGAUCACGAUCACGUGCUCUACCGCUACACCCUCUCUGAGCUCAUCUCAGAUCAUUACACGCAAGUCCUGAACUGUAAGCACGAGUGUGUGAGAGAUUUGGCUACGCGCCCUGGCCGCCUCUCACCAAUGGAGAACUAUCUGCCGCUGCACUAUGAUUACCUGCAGUUUGCUUAUUUCCAGGUGAACAAUGUGGAGCAGGCUUUAUUCUGUGCUCUGAGUUAUCUCCUGUUCCAUGAAGGAGAGGAGUUCAUGACUGAAAAUGUGGAGUACUACACUGAAAUGCUGGGACAUGGGGGACAGCCUCGCCAGGAAGCUGUGCACUAUUUGAAGAGACACAAGAAAGAGUUGGAGCUACUCCUCAUUGGCAGUAAAAAUUUGGGUGUGCCCUAUAUAGAGGAGAACUACUGGAGAAGCUCGGGUGGAAGAGAUGAUGAAAACCGGAUCCCCUCUGGAACAAACGGAGGGAUGGAGUAUGUGCCCAUAUCUAAGAAAACGAACAGCUCAAUGGUCAUGAUGCAGCAGCUUCAAGAGGGAGGCUCUUUGUUGUAUGACAAUAUUCGCCUGGUGCAGAACUCGGCUGCUCUUAACGGAACACAGAGGGUUCUCUUUGACGAUGUCAUUUCUGAAGAUGAGUGUUCUGAGCUGAGGCAUCUGGCACAUAUUACGACAAGUGCUGGAGAUGGCUACAGAGGAAAGAUGUCCCCUCACACACCAAAUGAAAAAUUUGAAGGGACAACUGUGCUCAAAACUUUGAAGUAUGGUUAUGAAGGCCGUGUUCCUUUAAGAAGUGCCCGUCUCUUCUACGAUGUCAGCGAGAAGGCCAGGAAGAUAAUUGAAUCCUAUUUCAUGCUGAAUUCCACUCUACAUUUCUCAUACACUCAUCUAGUGUGCAGAACAGCUGUCCCAGAUCAGCAGGAGCACAGGAAUGACCUUAGCCACCCGAUCCAUGCUGAUAACUGUCUUCUAGACCCUGAAGCCAAUGAAUGCUGGAAAGAACCUCCUGCUUACACAUACAGAGACUAUAGUGCCCUUCUUUACCUCAAUGGGGAUUUUGAAGGUGGCGAAUUCAUAUUUACUAAAAUGGAUGCCAAAACCAUCACGGCUUCAGUGAAGCCGAGGUGUGGGCGGAUGGUGGGUUUUUCCUCGGGUGGUGAGAACCCACAUGGUGUGCGUGCAGUCACAAGAGGGCAGCGUUGCGCUGUGGCACUCUGGUUCACCCUAGAUCCCCUCUAUAGAGAGCUAGAGAGGCUUCAGGCUGACGAAGUGAUUCAAGCUCUCGAAAACCAGCACCUGUGGGAUCACAUCAACCAGAAAGAUGAGUUAUAGUCCAAGAUCCCAUGAGAGCAAGUCUGAGAUUCAGAGAAACCAUUUCAUUGAGAACACUUGCUAUUUAUUUUGUCUUAUGUGAUUAUUUUAUUUUUAAAACUAUUUUAUUUUUAUAUUGUUUAUUGUUGCAUUGUGUUUCUGUGAUUCAGAGUUUUUGUGCAGGUUACAUUUUGGUCAUUCCAAUAUCACCUUUAAAGUGCUGGUGCAUCAUUGAUAAUGCAGAGAUACUGUACAAGAUAAUCUAUAUUGUAGAUAAGUUUUUGUGGGGUUAUAGAAUUGCUGAGGUACAUUAAGAGAAAAAAAUUUUAGUAUUAGUAUCAGGAUUUGCAGGGUUUUUUUGUCUUUACUGCACAUGCCUUACAACAAACCUUUUUACCUUUUUUCAGUCUGUUACCAUCAAUCAUUGGAGCACUGUAUUUUCUUUUACAAGAAUGAAAUCAUGUGGUUUGUUCCUGUUUCAAGGAAGUUUGUCUAAAAUGUGGCUUAUCAUGGUUCAUGGUUCUGGUUUUCCCUCCAGUUGGGUGCCAUUUGCACUGUCUUUUAAAUAUGGUGUAUGAGUUUAGUUUAGACUCAAUCAUUCACGUUAUUUUUGAUAAGGCGCAUGGCCACACACUGACACAAGAUAAUAUUUGUAACUAUAAUGUAUUUUAAAUUAAAGAUUUAAAAUAUGUGCUGUGUUUCCAUUCGACUUUCAUUUGCAACUUAUUUUGGUUAAUAGACAGAAUUUUACUUUA